GCACUGCCACUAGCGAGAGCACAGGGCCUGACACCCGAGGCACUGGCAGUGUUGGAGCGAGCUGCCUCCGCCGCCGCCGCUGCUGCUGCUGCCUCUCCCUCGUCCCUCCCUGCUGGCCCCAGCCCCGGCUCCCACCGCCCCUCCGGCGCUGCUGCUGCUGCCAAGACCAUGGCCCUGCAG